GUUUCCGAGAAGGGACCGAUAAAACGGUGUUAGCGGGGAGUAUGGCUCUGCUGGCAGGUCAGGAGUGCGGGUAAAGUUUUCCGUAGCAACCAGAAACAGCUAAAGAAAAAAGUAGCCCUUAAACGUGUCCCGCAGUUCGAUUCAUGUGCUACGUUAUUUCAAAGAGCUGUGGCGGACAGAGUUUGCAGGCAGUCGGACUGCGUUGACACUGACAGCAGGAAAGUAAACAGCCCGAUGCUAGCCAGCUAACUGCGGCUAGCUCCACUGUAACCGCCGCUAGCCGAGCUGGUAAACCGUCGACAGCCAGCUAACGUUAGCCGGCUAACCUGCGAGUAUAUUUGGUGGCGUUAAGUUACAUCACCGCGACUUGCCAGCACCCUCCCAUCCUAAUUUUUUGUCAAACUGCUCCGGCGACGGAUUGCCACAACGACACUUUCCAUUCAUGUUGUUUGGAAGUACGACGCUGCCAAACCUCCUGUUGUUCGAGCCAGGGAGUCAGUGUGUGUCGUCCCAGUGGAGACAGUGAUUUCACCGGCCUUUACCCCACACAGAGAGGUUGCCAACAGCGGGACAAGAUGCCUAUUCCUCCCCCUCCCCCUCCUCCUCCAGGACCCCCGCCUCCCCCAACUUUUAAUGAGGCGAACACGACUCCUCCCAAACUAAGCUCAUCUGAGGCAAAAGGCAGAGGAGCGCUGCUGUCUGACAUCUGCAAAGGCACCAGGCUGAAGAAGGUCACUGCGGUCAAUGACCGUAGUGCUCCGGUUUUAGAGAAAUCAGGGGGAGGAGGUGGAGGCGGAGGAGGAGGUGGUGGCGGCGGUGGAUUUGGAGGUGGAGGACCAAUGGGAAUGGCAGGCCUUUUCCAAGGAGGUGUACCAAAAUUACGUCCAGUUGGAGAUGGUUCUGCAGGAGGUUCAGUGGGCAGAUCUGCCCUGAGGCCGCCAGGGUCCCGGUCCUCAGCCCCUCGCCCUCCCUCAGGCCGUUCCACCUCACCUUCCCCACCCAACAAGCCUUCCCCACCGGAGCACCAGCGCUCCCACCGCCCCUCACUGCCUGACAUCUCACGCCCCUCCAGCAACAGCAGCAUCUCCUCAGCAGGCAGUGGGAUGAAGCACAGCACCUCUGCACCACCUCCUCCUCCGCCAUUUAACAGAGGUGGCCGUGGCAAUGCUCCUCCUACCCCGAACCAGAAAGUACAUGCUCCAUCUUCCUCUCACAGCAGGGAGAAACCCCUCCCACCGACGCCCAACAGAGGCCCUACGCCUCCUAGCAGUGUAAAACCACCUCCAUCUUCCAGCAGACCGCCAACCGGUGGCUCAUCUGCUCCUCCUCCUCCUCCGCCAUACAGACCACACACUUCAGGCAGCGUCUCCAAUGGGCCGUCCCAUGUUGAUGGUGGUGGAGCUCCAGAGCUUCCCCAGAGGCACAACUCCCUGCACAAAAAACACACAUCAGGAGGCGGAAGCCAAGGACGUAGCCAUGCUCCACCACCUCCUCCAUCAGCAUCUCCAGCUUCUCAGCAGGUCAGCAGACCACCACCACCUGCCAGAGAGCCACCUGGACGAAGAGCAGCUCCCCAGGUGCCUCCUCCCGGGUCUCGUAACGGUGGUCGGGAUGCCCCUCCUCCUCCACCCCCAUAUCGUGGCCACAGCUCUGCAGUCUCAGAGUCCCACAGCCGAGUGGGCAAACCACCUCCUCCUCCCUCCUCUUCCUCCAUCUCAUCCUCUUCAUCUUCCCGAACCCCGGCUGGACCCCCUCCUCCACCCCCACCCAUCCGGAACGGUCACUCCUCCAGCUCCUCCUCUAAGUCCAUCAUAGAUGAUUUUGAAUCCAAGUUCAACUUCCAUCCCAUUGAAGACCUUCCACCUCCAGAGGACUACAGGCCUUCCAACAAGGUCUACCCCAGCAAAAACAACAAGGCCAUAAUGAGAGGAGCUCCUCCAGCGCCGCCGGUGGGGAGGUGAACAGACCUCAGCUCGGAACUUGGACUCGAUGGGCGGUCAGGAGGGAGUGACGAAGAAGCACGAGAAUCACAAACACACUACAACACGAACACACACUAAACCACCAGCCGGAAGCACAGUGGUGAUUACAGAGUAAGCACUGCUACACCACGCAGGUUUGACGCCAGUCGGUGGUCACCUUCUGUCCUUGCACGAGAGAACAAAACCACUCAAAGGUGAGAAGCAAACUCCACCUUUCUGACUGUGACCACCUCAACCUCUCCUCUUCUGACGGGACGCAGAGGCUUCUGUUUGACACAACAUAUCAGGACCAAACUCCCAACACUUCCAUAUCUCUGCAUUCCAUCUUUUUUUAAUGCAUAUUCAUGAUAGUAAUGAUGAUAAUUGUGCUUUUCAUAAUUCUGAUUAACAUCUUUUGUUUAUUUUAUUAUUUUUGGUGUUGGCAUUAUUUGUGGAUAAAAAAAAAAAUAUCAACACUAUGAAUGAAAACUAUUUCAGCAGAUGAAUUCUGCUCAAGUUUUCCCACAAAGCUGAUAAUUCCAUGCGUGUAGGGCUUCAUGGAGGUUAUUAUUUUGAUUAGUUUUUGUCUUGAAUAGCCAUUCCAGCUGUGCCAGUAAGGGUGUGUUGAAAUCAACUCUCUUUCUCAGUGUGCCAAAUGUGGGUGGAGUCGAACUGCAGAGUGACAACAGUUUCUAUACAUGUUCUGUAUUUAACUGACAUUUUUUUACUCACUUCUCUGAUCGUAGAGUUCAACACUAGUUUGCCAAGUUAUGGCAGAUUCUUGCCUGGUUGUUAAAUCUUACGUUUGGAGAGUUUCCUGCUUUUUUUUUUUACCCUCUAUAUUCCUUUUUUUCUUUUUGGGGGGUGUUCAUAGUUUCAUCUUUGAGCGUUGUUGCACGGCAGCUUGACUGCUAAACCGACACACUGUGCAUGAUGCUGAUUUAUGCACAUAAGAUAUCAGGUUUACAUUCACGUUGAUGUAACUCACAAACACACACAAAACUAAGAGGGUUCGUCCCUAAUUUCUCCCUGAUGUUUCUCACAAACUGUAGUUCAUAUAGCCAGCAUCUUCCUCCAAACACAUGGUGGUUCCUGCGUGCGGCCACAGCAGUGUCCAGCACUAAAUGGUUAUUUUUUUACUGGGCCAAGUUUAGUUGAUUUAGCUGCAUAUUUGCAGCUUUCUUGGAGGAGUUUACAAGGGAUUGUUUCUCACUUUUGGCAGGAAUCUUCUUCCAGGGAAGUUGAUCUAAAAGCUCUACUUUUGCUGCUGGUGGCCCUUUUUAAAGAAGGACUGUACGGCCAGAGAAAGAUAUGUGGUUUAAUUGCUAUGCAAGGGGCAGUUUGUACAGAUUGUAGAUGGUAGCAGCUAGCCAAAAAAGUAAAAAAAAAAAAAAAAAAAAACAGGAACACGUAAGUGCCAGAGAACUGUUUAAAACUGAUGGAGGUUCUUUAUUAUACCUUUAAUGAAUUGUUAAGCUUCACUUUAAAACACUAAUUACGUGAUAUUCAGGCUGUAGUGCCAUGCAGGUAUUAGGGGAAAAAAAAAAAGCUAAACAAAAAAGCAGAUUGUCCAUUCUCAGUGAUGCAGCGCCUCCUGCUGGUCUUUGCCUUACACAAAGCUGUUGUCACUGUCAUCGGUACCAGUGCUUUUAUUUUUUUGUUGUUGUUUUUCAGGGGGAAGAUGAUGACAACAAAGUAAAUAAGAUGCAAGUCUAUUUGAAAAUGCAAUAAAUAGUGUAUAUUUACAUUAAGGAAUAUGGUAAUCAUAGCUAUUGAUCUAUUUUUAUGUUGUAAAAAGCUUGUAAUAUAGGAAAGAAAAAUGAUUAAGAGUUAUAACAGUGUUCCAGUCGGUGAGCUUUGGUCUGAUAGAACAGACUCUGUAGCACUUCUCUGGAUGUUUGGCCAUAAGGGUGAAUGAGUUUAAUGGAUGUAUGUGAGGUUUUAUUAACAAGCCAACAAUUUGGGGCUCUGGUUUUGUGACGCAAAGGGCAAGUAAUUUAGGGAAGGUGGUGGAUGAUGGCGACAACACACACAAAAAAUACAAGAAAUGGACUUACACCUCCUUCUCUGGAUGUACACUCACCUUGACACCAGGUGACCCGACACGUUUCUCUCCUCAUGUUUUCACCUUGUCCACUCUCAAGAGCAAAACCCUGUGGUCAUUUCAUGUUAAUCAACCAUGUUUUUUAUCAUUUGAAAUAAUUUCAAAUAAAUAUAUUCCUGUAGGGGGGAAAAGGG